AUGCCUGUCGAAUUGCCCUCAUCUACUGCCUCCCGAUUCCUCUUUCUCGCCGGCCGCGUUCCCUCCACCGUCGCCCUGUCGCUCGAUUCACGCUCCCGCCGAAGGGUUCCCCUAUCCUGCCGCCCGAAUCCCCUUCCGCGCCGCCUGAGGGCCCUUUCCCGCACAUUGAUUCCGGUCGGGCCGCCCGACCGCCCCUUCCCGCCGCCAUAUUCCCCUUUCGCGCCGCCGAAUUCGCGUUGUCGCCGCCCGCUUCGCCAAUCCCGCCGCCCGAUUCACUUUUCCCGCCGCCAUACAUGCCUUCCCGCCUCCCUAAUCCCUCUUCCGUCAACCCGCGUACCCUUCCCUCCCGUCUCUCCCUUCUCCCCCUUCUCCCCCUUCUCCCCCGUCCCUCCAUCCCUCCCUUCUCUCCCAUCCCUUCAAUCCCUCCCUUCCUCCCCCGUCUCUCCCUUCCCUCCCUUUCUCCCUGCCCUCCUUCCCUCCCUUCCCUCCCUUCUCUCCCUUCCCUCCCUUCGGUCCCCUCCCUCCAAUCCCUACAAUCCCCUUCUUCUCCCCCCUCUCUCCCUUCCCUCCCCUUCUCCCUGCCCUCCUUCUCUCCCUUCCCUCCCUUCUCUCCCUUCCCUCCCUUUCGUCCCCUCCCUCCAAUCCCUACAAUCCCUCCCUUCUCCCCCCUCUCUCCCUUCACUCCCUCUCUCCCUUCACUCCCUCUCUCCCUUCCCUCCCUUCUCUCCCUGUCCCAUCUCUCCUUUCCCUUCCUUCUCACCCGUCCCUGUGAUUCCUUUUCUCCCUUCCCUCUCAUCCCUCCUUGCAAUCUCCUGUCUUUCCCGUCUCUCCCUUGCAUCCCUUCCCUCCCAUCCCUCCCUUCCCUCCCUUCUCUCCAUCUUCUACCCUCUCUCCCUUCCCGCCCAUCUCUCCCCCCCUACCACCCUUUCCCCCCUCCCUUCUCAUCCCGACUUCCUUCUCUCCCGUCUCUCCUUUCCCUCCCUUCUCUCCCGUCCCUCCCUUCCCUCUUGCCCUCCCUUCCCUCCCUUCACUCCCUUCCCUCCCUUCUCUCCCUUCCCUCCCUUCCCUCCUUUCUCUCCUUUCCCGCCCUUCUCUCCCCCCUUACCUUCUCUCCCUUCUCUCCCUUCCCUCUCAUCCCUCCCUGCACUCUCCUGUCUCUCCCUGCUCUCUGUUCUCUCCCUUCUCUCCCGUCCCUCCCUUCCCUCCCUUCCCUCCCUCCCCUCCCUUCUCUCCAAUUUCGACCUUCUCUCCCAACCCGCCCAUCUCUCCCCCCCUACCACCCUUUUCUCCCUUCCGUCUCAUCCUGACUUCCAGUCUUCCACCGUCUUACUUCCCUGCUUACUCUCCCGUCCAUUCAUCCCCUCCUUCCCUCCCUUCGCCCCCUUCUCUCCCUUCCCUCCCUUCACUCCCCUCCCUCCUUUCCCUCCAAUCUCUCCCUUCUCACCCUUCUCUCCCUUCCCUCCCUUCCCUCCGUGCCCUCCGUUCCCUCCCUUGACUCCCUUCCCUCCCUUCCCUCCGUGCCCUCCGUUCCCUCCCUUCCCCGCCUUCCCUCCCUUCCCUCCCUUCCCUCCGUGCCCUCCGUUCCCUCCCUUCACUCCCUUUCCUCUGCGUGUCGCACGCCCUUUCCCCCUCGACUGUCCGCCCUUUCCCCCUCUUUCCUGUUCGCUCACUCCCUCGAUAGCACUCCCUAUCCCCCUCCUUUCGCACUACCUUGCCCCCACCCCCCAUGUAUCCAGAGACGAGGCCAUGGACCAGCCACACUCCAUCCCGCACCCGUCACCUCUCUCCCAAUCAGGGAAUCAAUCGUGCCCACCUCUCACGCCCCCCUCCUGUCCCCGAUCCCCAGUGCACAUGUCGUGCCUUCCAUCCCACAUCGGAGCCAUGGAUGAGGCGCUGCACCAUACACACCGCUUCCGGCUGCCCCCUAUCUCUCCCCUCUCCUUAUCCCAACAUCAGGUGCGUGUUCUACCCCACUCACUGCGCCGCACAGUGGCAUCAUCGCACGACCCCCAACCCGCACCCCACCGCGGCGUUGUCUAA